UGGGAGCCAACUGAGAGUGAAAGUACUUCUCACAGUCUUAUACGCGAUUUUCCUAAGAUAAACUGGAGUUAGAUACGAUGUAAGACUUGCUAAGUGAGUUUUAUUUGAGUCAACAUAAUGUCGUUUACCAAAAAGUAUGGUAAUUUGGAGUAUGUAAGAAUACUACCCGACACAGAAGCUCUACUUUCUUCGGAGUACAACGAGGAUAACGACGAAGAAAUUGAAGUGAAAUACGUUCACAGGCACCUUGAAGAUAAGGACCUCAUAUCAAACAAGAGUAGAAUAAAAACGAAAAGAUGGAUUAUAGCUGGAAUUAUAAUCCUAUUAGUUGUAGCAUUAGUGAUUGCAUCUUUAGUGUUAUUAAAAACUAGUGAAGAGUAUGAAGUGAAACCAGCUGCCCUUUCUGGUAGAAGAAGCUUAUCGUUAGAAGACUUUUUGUAUGGUAAAUUUUUCGCGCAAGGUUUCAAUGGAACAUGGAUAUCAGGUAGUGAGUUGAUGUUUCAAGAUGCCAAUAAUAAUCUAGUUUUACAUAAUAUCAAAGCUGAGAAUAGUUCUCUGGAAGUCCUGUUGAAGAGUAGUGAUCCAAUAUCAUCUAGACCCUACAUCCCAGAGCUUUCAGCCGAUAGAAAGUACUUACUCAUAGCUCAGAUACAAGCCCAGUUGUACAGGCAUAGUAAAGUUAGUCGUUAUACUGUAAUUGAUCUCGAAACCAAUGAAAGAAUACCGAUAACGAUAGAAGGCAACCCUGAUCUCCUCCUAGUAGUCUGGGCUCCCGUGGGUUACGGUUUAGCAGUGGUUUACAAGAAUAAUCUUUUCUACAAGGAGAAUCCAAAGGCUCAGGAAGUCAGGAUAACGAAUGAUCCUGAAUUUGUGUAUAAUGGAGUGCCAGAUUGGGUAUAUGAAGAGGAGGUGUUGAGUUCGAAUAAAGCCUUAUGGUUUUCACCUGAUGGUAGAAAACUAGCCUUUGGCAAGUUUGAUGAUAGACCUGUUCCCUUGAUGGUUAUACCAUAUUUUGGAGAUCCAGGAACGAAAGCGUCCCAAUAUCCAAGGGUUAACGCAGUCAAAUAUCCAAAAGCGGGUACACCGAAUCCUAUAGCCAGUUUACACUCUGUAGAUCUCAGUGAUUUAUCCAACAUCAAGAUUUUGCAACCGCCAAGCAGUUUGAUAUCCCAGCAACCUAUUUUGAGUGCUGUCCAGUGGGCUACCAACGAAACCGUGGCUGCUAUCUGGCUUAACAGGGUACAGAACGAGUCAUCCUUCAUAGCGUACAGUGUCAACCCCCCUUAUGAAUCCUUUAUUCUGAAGAACCUUGCUGAACCAGCCGGAUGGUUGGAGUUGUUCACACCGAUGAAGUUCAAUAAGAACGGUUCGCAGUACAUAAUAAUCUUAUCCCAUGACCAAGGGGGUGAUGCUGGAGGAUUUAGACACAUCAUGAUGUUCAAUAUGACCGAAAAUGCCAAAGGAGUACCUCUGACCAAGGGAAAGUUUGUGGUUACCGAAAUUUUAGAUUGGAAUGAAGAUGAUGAGUUGGUAUACUACCAGGCAAACACACCAGAAGACCCAGCAGUACAACACGUUUACAGUGUAUCGACCACAACUAAAAAUGUGACUUGCCUAUCCUGCGAUAUGAAGAGGAAAAAUUCCUCCAAAAAUUGUUUGUACAACACAGCACAAUUCAGCACAGAUUUCUCGUAUUAUUCCCUGUUUUGCCAAGGGCCUGAUGUUCCCUACAUAGUGAUCAGAUCGAAGGAUAAUUCCGAACUUUUCGAAUGGGAAAACAAUGACGAUCUCUACAGAUUCACGAGAACCAGGGAGAUGCCUGUGAUUAAGAGGAUGCAGUUCAACGUAACUGAGGGUUUUACAGCACAGGUGACUUUGCAGUUGCCUCCCAAUUUCGAUCCAUCUGGCAACACGAAAUAUCCCCUAUUGAUCAACGUAUAUGCUGGCCCAGACUCUUCACAAGUUUCAGAAGAAUUCAUCUUGAACUGGGGAAGUUAUUUAGCCUCCAACAGAUCCUUCAUAUACGGAGUUAUUGAUGGUCGAGGGUCAGCCCUGAAGGGCGACAAGUAUCUCUUUGCUGGAUACCGUAAUCUAGGAACCGUUGAAGUAGAGGACCAAAUUCUUGUUACGAAGAAAAUGCAAGAAACUUUGCCUUAUAUCGAUAGAGAAAGAACGGCAAUUUGGGGAUGGAGCUAUGGUGGUUAUGCGGCUGGCAUGGCUUUAGCCACGGAACGAGAUAACGUAUUCAAAUGCGGAAUAUCUGUUGCUCCUGUAACUGAUUGGGCUUUAUAUGAUACCAUAUACACUGAGAGAUUCAUGGGGUUGCCUACCUUAGAAGAUAACCUCAGGGGUUACUUAAAUGCCCAACUUUUAACUAAAUACGGUGGUAUCAGAGACAAGCUGUAUUUCUUGAUACAUGGUACUUAUGAUGACAAUGUACAUUACCAACAGUCACUAUUGUGGGCGAAAGUACUGGAGCAACAAGACAUUUUCUUCAGGCAAAUGACAUACACCGAUCAAGUCCAUGAUUUGGGAAGUGUGAGGCCCCAUCUGUAUCAUUCUCUGGAGAAUUUCUUGGACGAAUGCUUCAAUGUUAUAUAUCCGUGAUGGUGGAAAAAAUUUCAGUGAGUGAAAACUAGUCAGGAGAAUCUGAUUACCAAUUCGAAAAGAAGAAAUCUUACUGUUUGUCAGGGUUGAAUCUAUGUCAUAGAUCUCGAAAUUUUUAUAAAUAAAUGAAUUUUAUUAUGUUGAGAUAAUGUCUGUAAAUAAAGUUAUUUUAUGUUAAAAA